ACAACUGUACUGUGUGACACGGAACAUAUAUCAUCUUAUCUCCCAAGGUUUAUGAAAGCUGGACUGGGUAGACAAAUAAUAUACUUUAUAAAAGCAUUUUUUAAAAUUCCUUGCUUGUCUUCGUCUGCCAUUGCGGCAGACACCGGGGACUUUCCGUCGUUAAACAUUAUAAAUAUCUACUUUCGGUUACAGUUUAUCAGUCGAAGAAGCUGAGUCGACGUCUGCACUUGCAGCCGGUUCUGCCUCGUUUAAUAGACAAGUUGUAUUAGUUUUCCAGAGCUAAUAUCGUGGUCGUUUUACAGUCUCAUACGUUUAUCGAUCAGCGGCCACAUCUUAAGUGGGCUCGUCGACACCAGACGCCCUGUGCAUUAUGCAGAAAAUGAGCUACUUCGCCCCGCUGCUUUUCGUGUGCCUGGAUGUGUGUGUGGUGCACAUCAUCCGCCUGGCCCAGCUCUCGCCCCUCCUCGUCUCCAGUCCGUUCAUCACCCUGUGGGGAGGAGCGUUAACCAGGGCGUGCAUCCUGCUCCUCCUCACCUUCACCUACCCUGGGAGCCUGCCGUGGAUGAGCAGCUUCGAGGGGCUCCAGCGCUUAGCGGUCCUUUGCUUCCACUUCCCGGUGUACAUCACUCUUCUCUGGGCACUUGGGCAGUCCACCCUGGAGGAACUGUGGGGAUGGCACUCCUGGGAAAGGGUGUGUCAGGGUUAUGUUGUGGCAGGCGUGUCCUGGCUCUACUGGAGCCGAUAUGUGUCGUCUCUUUUACUCUCCUGGGGUCGAUACAUCUCAUCUCUAGUGAUGAGGGCGCCAGCUGAGAAGCCCAAAGAGGACACCGGGGCCUCGCUGAAGAGACUGAUGGAAUACAUGCUGCCCUAUAUUGGACGUUUUGUUGCUGUGCUGUUUCUUGUGGUCGUUUCUUCUUAUGGUGAGAUGGCUAUUCCUCAGUACACUGGACGUGUGGCGGACUGGAUCAUGAAUGAAGAAGCACCUGAUGCAUUCACAGAGGCCAUCAAAUUCAUGACACUAAUGACUAUUGCCAGUGCUGUGCUUGAGUUUGUAUGCGACCUCAUGUACAACGUCACCAUGAGCCGCAUUCACACCUCGGUGCAGGGAAUUGUCUUCCAGGCUGUCCUGAAACAGGAGAUUGCUUUCUUUGACGCCAAUUCGACAGGUGAACUGGUGUCCCGCAUUACCACGGAUACCAACGAUAUGAGUGAGGCACUGAGUGAGAAACUGAGUCUUGUCAUGUGGUACACGGCACGUUUUGGCUUCCUCCUGUUCUUCAUGGUGAGCCAGUCGUGGAAGAUGACUCUGCUCACUUGCAUGGGACUGCCCAUCAUCUGGGUCAUACCUGAGCUGACUGGACACUUCCACCAGACCAUGGCUAAAAAGGUUCGGGAUUCACUGGCUAAAGCCAACCAGGUGGCCACAGAUACCUUCUCCGCUAUGAAGACAGUGAGGAGUUUUGCCAAUGAGGAUGGCGAGACAGAGAGGUACAGACGGCAACUGGACGAUACUUACGCCCUCAAUAAAAAGGAAGCAGCAGCCUAUGCAGCCUCUACCUGGGCUAACAGCAUGGCCACGUUGGCCCUGAAGGUGUGUAUUCUGUACUAUGGAGGGACUCUUGUGACCAGGGGAGGCGUUAGCAGUGGAGACCUGGUGUCAUUCGUCCUCUAUGAGCUACAGUUUGCCUCCGCUGUUGAGGCUGUCAUGCAUUAUUACCCGGAGGUGAAGAAGGCGAUCGGUGCAUCUGAGAAGAUCUUUGAGUAUCUGGAUCGCAAACCUAAAGUACCUCCAGCGGGCAGUCUGACCCCUCGAAAUCUUGAGGGACACAUUCAGUUCAAAAAAGUUACAUUUUCCUAUUCUGGCAGGACGGACGAAGAAACUCUCGUUCUAAAGGAUGUAUCUAUAGACAUAAAGCCAGGCGAAGUCACUGCCAUCGUGGGGCUCAACAGAUCAGGGAAGUCCACUUGUGUCAAACUGCUGGAGAGAUUUUACCAGCCGCAAGCCGGGGAGAUCCUGCUGGAUGGGAAACCACUGCAAAGCUACAAAGACGAGUACCUACAUGAAAAGAUCGCUGUGGUGAGCCAAGACUGUGUGCUGUUUGCUCGCUCUGUGCGGGAGAACAUCAAGUAUGGCUGCGAGGACGCCUCUGAUGAGGAGAUGUACAAGGCUGCCAAGCUGGCUAGUGCCCACGACUUCAUCAUGGAACUGUCAAAUGGAUAUGACACAGAUGCUGGUGAGAAGGGAGGACAGGUGUCUGGAGGCCAGAAGCAGCGCAUUGCCAUUGCUAGAGCGUUAAUCAGACAUCCCAAAAUCCUGAUAUUGGACAACGCCACCAGUGACUUGGACUCAGAGAACGCAUACCAGGUGCACCAAGCUUUGUUGAACCAAACCAACAACUGCACCGUGCUGUUGAUUUCCAACAACGUAAGCGUUGUAGAGAAGGCCAACCGUAUAUUUGUCCUCCAUGAAGGGAUGGUAAAGGAGGAGGGCAGCCAUGAUGUGCUGCUGGAGAAAGACGGUCUUUAUGCUGAACUGGUCAGAAAGCAGAACAUGGGCUUCCACCGUCAACAAGAGGAGAAGAAUGAUACACACUGAUGUGUGCGGGCGGAGGUUGUCAAAGCCACUGGAAGGUUGUUGAUGAAAUGUCCAGACUUAAAAUGGUCAAAACUCCAGAAUUACUAUGAAUAACAACUUCAUUGUGAGACCACAUUCCAUAACACGCAAGUGUUGGUAGAGUUUAUGGCCAUUAAGAAUAUUUUCCUUCUCCAUGCACAUUGGAAAUAGGCAAAAUGUACUUGAAAUUUCUACUCCAGAAAAUGUUAUUAUAGAUAAUAAAAUAGUACAUUUUCUGGAACAUGCCCAGAUUCAACAUAUCACAUAUUAAGGUUCUUCAGCACAUUGAUGCAAAUCAUCACCAAAAAUCAAGUCCUGCUCAUUGACUUGCAACAUUGAUCACAACACAGAUUCCAAUUUUCAUCGUCCAAUGGUAUUUAUUUAGCCAGCGAGGCAGCUGGAUUUGCGAGAUCUCCUGAUCUCACAAAUACAUCUUUACAGACUUCAGUCAGUGCGCUUGGGGUAGAACACACAGUUGUGCAACCAAUCAGCUUCCUAUGAGGAACUACUGGCAGCUACGGGUGAGGUUCACAUGUGAGGACCAGCGGGAGAGGUGACCGAAUGGAAACGACAAUGGCGGCUCUUCAAGAGGUUUGCGUAGCUGCUCCCAAAGCAUUAGUUCAGUCAGAAUUGGAGAGUGUUAUCCACUGAAAGGAUAUCAAGUCACAGCUUUCGAUCUUCCGGCUGUCUUUAGUAUAAUUAUUAUUUACCAGCUGGCUCCACUGGUGGUAGCAUGUGUGUAACAAACUGGCCCUUCUGGUUAGAUAUUUAUAACCGUAUCACCCAACCCUAGUUCCUACUGGGCAGCUGACGUACGCCAAUGGGUGUGAAUGAGAUUUUAUGAUGUUCACACACAUAAUAUCUUCAUACACUUGUAGAUGUAGAUGUAGAAGGAAUCAAUCAGAUAAGACUUUAGAGAUUGCGAAAUGCAAUAUUUAAAAAUUAAUGUCAGAAAAUGUUUUGUUUGUAUUUAUUUUUCUUAAUUUUCUGCAUAUUUGUUUUGUUUUUAUUGAACUUGUCCCUGUAUUGAUAAUUCCUUACUAUGUUUUAACCUGUUGGCUUAUUGUUUGUUGAGCUUCUAAAAUAAAUCUUUUGAACUCUUU